AUGCGGCAGUUACCAACCCAAACGUCGCUGGCAACAGUUCAGCUUCCGGAGCGCGUCUACUGUGCUGAUUUGUUGUACCCGAUGGGCGUCGUAGGCCUAGCUAAUCGACACAUUAAAGUUUACAAAUUGGACAAUGAACCAUCUGAAGUGAAAGAUAUUGAAACACCUUUGAAAUAUCAGAUUCGUUGCUUGUCAAUUUUCAAAGAUAAAACAAACGGAUAUCCUUCUGGUUUUGCUGUUGGAUCUAUUGAAGGUUCCUUGCUAUUUCAGUUCAUAUUCAAAAUUUGA